GCGGAAAGCACCUCCUCUUCUCUCACCAUCCCGUCAAACGUCAAUCACCGACCACAUCCGUCAAGAUGGCCAAGUCCAAGAACGCCUCCCAGCACCACGCUAGCCAGAAGGCUCACCGUAACGGUAUCAAGAAGCCCAAGACCAACCGUUACCCCUCCCUCAAGGGUGUUGACCCCAAGUUCCGCCGCAACCACCGUCACGCUCUCCACGGCACCAUGAAGGCCCUUAAGGAGCGCAACCAGGGCAAGCGUGAGAACGCUUAGAUUU